GCUGGAUCCUGCGGCGCAGCGGAGCUCCGAGCUGCCUUCGCCCUCCCUUUCCCUUUGUUUUUUCCUCUCCCGCUGUCACUGUCACCGGGGAGGGCGAGAGGCAGAGCCCGUCCCGCACGCGCUCCUCCUGGCGUUGACUCGCGCGAGCGAUUCCUCUCCCGCUGCCUUUGGGAAACUUCCCAGCGCUCUGACCGAGCCGCCGCGGAGGUUCCCAGCGCGCGGGCGCGAUGCCGGCGGGAGCCCUGGGCUGCCUCGUGCUCCUCUGCCUGCUCGAGGAGAGCGUCGGCAGGGUCCGGAGAUACCACAUCGCCGCGGUGGAGACCGCCUGGGACUACGCGCACAGCGAGCUGCUCGCCACGCUGCAAGCGCCAGCCGGCGUACCGGGGCAUCCGGGCCCCCAGCCUCCCACGCUCGGAGCCCCCCCGCGGUACAGAAAAGCCGUGUUCGUGGAAUACCCCGAUGCCUCGUUCGCGCAGCCCAAACGCAGGCCGGCGUGGAUGGGUCUCCUGGGCCCCACCAUCCGAGCAGAAGUCUACGACACGGUGGUGAUCACUUUUAAGAACCUGGCCUCCCGCCCGUACAACCUCCAUGCUGUUGGCGUGUCCUACUGGAAGGUGUCAGAAGGGGCAGGAUAUGAGGAUGAGACCAGCCAGCUGGAGAAGAAAGGAGACAGAGUGGAUCCAGGGAAGAUGCACACGUACAUUUGGGAAAUCCAGCAAAACCAGGGCCCAACGGAUGGUGACUCCCCAUGCCUGACCCACUCCUACUCCUCCAACACCGACAGCGUGAAGGACACCAACUCUGGUUUGAUUGGAGCCCUGCUUGUGUGCCGGCCUGGGACCCUGGCGAGUGAUGGGACUCAGAACUCACAGCAAGAGUUUGUGAUGCUCUUCGCAGUUUUUGAUGAAGGGAAAAGCUGGUACUCUGAGCCCAGCUCCCCAGAAGCUUCUCAGCCCCUGGCACACAACCGGACAGAGCUGCAUACCAUCAAUGGCUACGUUAACGGCACGCUGCCUGGUCUCACGCUGUGCCUAAAGAAGCAGGUCUAUUGGCAUGUGAUUGGGUUGGGCACUGGGCCAGAAGUACACUCCAUCUUUCUUGAAGGCCACACAUUCCUGGUGAGGAACCACCGUCUCAGCAGCCUAGAAAUCUCCCCUGCCACGUAUCUCACAGCCCAGACUAUGCCAGGAACAACUGGCUGGUUUCGGAUGUUCUGCCAGAUACCAUCCCAUCAGCAAGUUGGCAUGGAGGCCUUUGUGAAGGUGGAAGAGUGCCCAGAGGAGCGCCUGAUGAAGAUGGGGGAGCCAUCAGAUGAGCCGGAGGACAUAGAUUACCCUGAAGAAGAUGAGGAAACUUCUUACCAUGUGAUCCAAGUGCGCUCUUUUGCCAAGGAGGAACCUGUGACCUGGACUCAUUACAUUGCAGCUGAGGAAAUGGACUGGGAUUAUGCCCCAGUGAAGCCAGCGUCUCUUGACAGAAACACCACGAGUCUCUUUCUGGAGCCUGGCCCUCAGCGAAUUGGUUCAAAGUAUAAGAAAGUCAUGUUUGUGGAGUAUGAAGAUGCAACCUUCAAGAAGCGCAAGGUGUCAGCUCAACCAGACAAGGGAAUUCUGGGGCCUGUCCUUAAGGGGGAGGUUGGCGAUCAGCUUAAGAUCGUGUUCAGGAAUCUGGCAAGCCGGCCUUACAACAUCUACCCUCAUGGCCUCACCAGCGUAAGGCCGUACCACGCCAUGAAGGCCUCUGAAGCUAGGGAUGUGAAGGACAUUCCUGUUCUCCCUGGCCAGUCGUUCACCUACAGCUGGAGGGUCACAACUGAGGACGGGCCAACACAGGCAGAUCCUCGCUGCCUCACCCGUUUCUACUACAGCUCCAUCGACCCGACUCGAGACACAGCCUCAGGCCUGAUUGGCCCCCUCUUGAUCUGCUUUAAGAAAUCCAUGGAUCAGAGGGGAAAUCAGAUGAUGUCGGAUGAGACGAGGUUGGUACUGUUCUCAGUCUUUGAUGAGAAUCGCAGCUGGUACCUGGCAGAGAACAUCCAGCGGUUCUGCACCGACCCAGCCCACGUGGACAUGCAGGACCCCGAGUUCUACACCUCCAACGUGAUGCACACUAUUAACGGCUUUGUCUUUGACAACCUCCAACUGAACCUCUGCCUGAAUGAAGUUGUGUACUGGUAUGUCCUGAGCGUUGGGGCCCAGACAGAUUUCCUCUCUGUCUUCUUCAUGGGAAACACAUUCAAACGCAACAUGGUCUUUGAGGAUGUGCUUACCCUUUUCCCAUUUUCCGGAGAAACGGUCUUCAUGAGCUUAGAAAAGCCAGGCAUCUGGAUGCUGGGGUGCCUGAACCCUGAUUUCAGAGACCGAGGGAUGCAUGCCAAGUUCACAGUUUCUCAGUGCCUGCCUGAACAAUAUUCUGAUGGGGAAGACUAUGUGGAUUAUGAGGAAGAGGACACCUUUGAAUUACAACCCAGGGGCUUCUCUAAGAGAAAGAGGUGGCGCAGGCCAUGUGUGAAUAAGCAACCAAAUAAUCUCACUUCAAGCAGUGAGACGGAGAAGACAAGAUUGUGCUUAACAAAACCCAGCUCUGGGGCCCUGCUGAGCAAUGGCAGUAAUUCUGAUCCCACUUCAAAUGGCACUUCAAUAUUUUCAGGAACAAUUCCACGUCCAGCUGAUAUCUCCAUAUCCUCUUUGCCAGAGACAAGCUAUGACCCAGUGUCUUAUGAAUCCUACCUGGAAGAUGAAGAAGAAUUAUCAAAAUCCGUCAGCCAGCUUCAACAAAUUGGGGCUCUCCCACCUGGAGAAAGCUCAGCAAAUGUCAGUGAAAGGGUCCAUGGUACUGUGAGCUCAGAAAUAGGUCAGCAAUGGCUGCACCAAGCCACGCCAGCUCCAGAAGGUGCUCUGACAGGAGAGAAGGUGACAAAAAGCUCAGAACUGCAGGAUCCAGUAAAAGGGACAGUGACUCAGUCUGCUAGUACAUUGCAGAGCUUGGAAGCAGAACCUCAACCAACUAUUCAGUUGGGAGAGCAGAAGGAGUCACAUGCAAUAGGUUUGUGGGAAAUGACUUCUUUUGCUGCUAGCAGAGCUCCUCUUGCAGAGAACAGGAGCUUAUUCCAUCUGAAUGACCUGGAGUACAAUCUAGGACUUCAAGACAUGUCUUCACAGGGUGCUAAAGAUGACUCACUAAAAGGGACUGAUAAAGUAUCCUUAAAUCUAUACAAGUCAAGGGAAACAAUUAAUACAGAACUGACCUUUAGUACCGACAGUAAUUCCUCUUUCACAUUGGCUAAUCCUUCAGCGCCUUCAGACAAAAGUGAAGACAACAGGACUUCCCAAGCUACCGUUCAGACUCGCACUGAAGGAAGCAAUCAUUUUUCAAAGGAGCGAGAUGCUAGGCUAGAAAAAAGACCUCAUGAAGUGGUUUCACAAGGUUUUUCUGAAGCUUUUGAAGUGGAGAACAGUUCUUUGUCAGAGGUGGGGCCCAGCAAAUCUGUACAAGGUCAAAUCUUCCCAGAGGAAAGUAACUCCUUGCCAACAAGAAGUGCCACAGAACUAGAAGCUGGCAAAUCUGCCAAAGGCACAAGCCCUCUGGAAACUGCCUUUGUGUACAGCAAUGACCUUGAGCCUUCUGGUCAUAUCAUGACACAAGAGACAGAUGAAUUAAUUCUAGAGGCAGUUUUUCAAGAUGCGAUAGCGGCCAAGGGGUUGCCAGAGAUGGACAGUCAUGCCUUUCCCGAAUCAAACGUCGUGGCCAAUGAAACGAGGCACUCACAAAAUGCUUUCGUAAAAAGCCAGGAGAGGUUUAAACACAGAGCUCCAGCCCCGAGCUUGGGCGGCCCUGAUCUGAGGCACCGACAAGCCAGGUCAGCAGAGAGCAAGGAGGAGGUUCCUGUCCCAGGGACAGUGCCUCAGCCUGAGGCAGAAAAGUUGAUGUAUGGUCCAGAUCUUCUAAAAGUCAGUUCACCUGGCAGCAGAGAACCCCUCUCUGAUGGUAACAAAGUGGAGCUGGAUCUUUCUGGCCAGACCCCUGAGACGCCACAUCCCACAGGGUGGUCAAACCCAGGCAGAGGUGCCCAGAGUAGCAGUGAGGGGGCUCAGCCCCGUGGGAGCCCCUUCCUCGUGCCAGGAACACCGAAGAACAAGAAGGCAACUGUUCCUGGCAGCUCAGAAGUGAACGCUGUCACUGUGGCUAGAGACUCAGCCUCAAAUUGGGACCCAGUCCCACCUGGGGCGGUGGGGCACACUGGGGGCAUGGAGAUCCCAGCUUUAGCUGAGUGGCAAAAGGGCAGAGAUGCAGUUUUGAGGGCUCGUUGGAGUGACCAGGCUCAGAAUAGAAGCCUAAUGGAGGAGGAGACAAACUCUGUGGAGCAGCAAGGUCAGGAAAGAGCCCGGUUCAGUCCCCAGCCUCGGCCACUCAAGGCCAAUGCUGAGAAAGACUACAUACCUGGGAGCACAUUUGGGCAAAGCCCAGCAGAAAUCCCCAUGAAACUGGCCUCCAAGAAGAACUAUUCCCUGUCCCCAGGUCACCCCACUCUCAACCACAGUGCUAUUGAGAAACCACACAAAUAUGUACAGGCCAGUUCAGAUGCACGGCAGGUGCUUGGAGGGGAAGAUGUCCUCAUACAAGCUGGGAAGAGAGAAGGCCAGGGCCUGGGAGAUUCUGAGGAGGAUGGAGAGAGCCGCAGCCCAGCUGAGAAGAGGAGCCAUGCCCCAGACCACCUGGACAGCUCGGCUCUAAACAACAGGACUGGUUCCAGCACCUCGAGGCCAAAGACUGGCAAGCCAGACUAUGAUGAGUACGGUGACACAGAGCAGACCAUGGAGGACUUUGACAUCUAUGGGGAAGAGGAGCAUGAUCCACGUUCCUUCCAGGGCGAGAUCAGGCAGUAUUUCAUUGCAGCGGUCGAGGUGAUGUGGGAAUAUGGGAAUCAGAGACCCCAGCACUUCCUGAAAGCCACGGACCCGUUGGGCGGCAGGAGGAAGCCUUUCCGGCAGUACCGCAAGGUGGUUUUCCGAGAGUACUUGGACAACUCCUUCACUCAGCCGCUGAUGCGUGGAGAGCUGGAUGAACACUUGGGCAUCCUUGGGCCGUACAUCAGGGCAGAAGUUGAAGAUGUCAUCAUGGUUACAUUCAAGAAUCUGGCCUCACGGCCCUUCUCCUUCCACUCUACGCUGCAAGCCUAUGAGGAGACGCACAGCACGAUGCAGGGCCAAGAGGCAGUGCCACCCGGCGAGCUCCGGCAGUACUCCUGGAAAGUCCUGCCCCAGAUGGCACCCACCACCCAGGAGUUCGACUGCAAGGCCUGGGCUUACUUCUCCAACAUGGACCUGGAGAAGGAUCUUCACUCUGGCCUCAUUGGGCCAUUGAUCAUCUGCCGCCGCGGGGUGCUGAGCUUCGUUUUCAGGAGGCAGCUGGCUGUGCAGGAGUUCUCCCUGCUCUUCACCAUCUUUGAUGAGACCAAAAGCUGGUACUUCCAGGAGAACAUGGAAAGGAACUGCCGCCCACCUUGCCGCAUCCAGCAGGACAACCCUGACUUUAAGAGAAACCAUUCCUUCCAUGCCAUCAACGGCUACGUGGGGGACACGCUACCGGGGCUGGUGAUGGCUCAGCAGCAGCGGGUCCGAUGGCAUCUCCUGAACAUGGGCAGCACGGAGGAUAUCCAUUCCGUCCAUUUCCAUGGGCAGCUGUUCAGCGUCAGGACUAACCAGGAGUAUCGCAUGGGAGUCUACAACCUUUAUCCUGGUGUCUUCGGGACGGUGGAGAUGUGGCCCUCACACGCCGGGAUCUGGCGGGUGGAGUGCAAAGUGGGAGAGCACCAGCAAGCCGGGAUGAGUGCCCUCUUCCUCGUGUACAACCUGAAUUGCCAGAGUGCCCUCGGCCUGGCCUCUGGCCACAUUGCAGACUCUCAGAUCACGGCUUCAGGGCAGUAUGGGCAGUGGGCCCCUCACUUGGCCAGGCUGGAUAACACUGGCUCCAUCAAUGCUUGGAGCACCGACCGCAGCAACGCCUGGAUCCAGGUGGACCUUUUGCAUCUUAUGAUCAUUCACGGCAUAAAAACCCAAGGGGCCCGACAAAAGUUCUCCAGUCUCUACAUCUCCCAGUUUGUUGUCUUCUACAGCCUUGAUGGGCAAAGGUGGAGGAGAUACAAGGGGAACAGUACCAGCACCCAGAUGCUCUUCUUCGCAAAUGUGGAUGCUACUGGAGUGAAAGAAAAUCGCUUCAACCCUCCAAUCAUAGCCCGGUACAUCCGCAUUAACCCUACUCACUACAGCAUCCGGACCACGCUGCGCAUGGAGCUCAUCGGCUGCGAUCUGAACAGCUGCUCCAUGCCUCUAGGAAUGGAGAAUGGAAGGAUCCCUGACCAGCGCAUCUCUGCGUCCUCCUACAGCACCAAUGUCCUCUCCAGCUGGUCGCCCUCCAAGGCCCGCCUAAACCAGCAGGGGAGGACCAACGCAUGGAGGCCAAAGACCAACAGCCCCAGCGAGUGGCUGCAGGUGGACUUUGAAGCAACCAAGAAGUUGACCGCGAUCAUAACCCAAGGUGCCAAGGCUGUCUUCACCAACAUGUUUGUGGGGGAGUUUGCUGUCUCCAGCAGCCAGAACGGCGUGCACUGGAGCCCAGUCCUGCAGGAUGGCAAAGAGAAGAUUUUCAAGGCAAACCGCGAUCACACUGGCACAGUGAUGAACACCCUGGAGCCCCCGCUUUUCGCCCGCUACGUGAGGAUACACCCUCGCCGAUGGCACAACCACAUCGCCCUGCGGACAGAGUUCCUUGGCUGCGACACACAACAAGAGUACUGACGGCUGUAGGGCCAGGCAUGGGCACUGCCGGCCCAAGGACCCACGUCCAGCCACACACCGAACUCUCACUGGGGCCAGAGCAGCCCCCCAAGGACACUCUUGUGCACAGGGCCACCAAGUGCUGGUGGCAUCAGCACAGUUUCCUCCAUUUUCCCUGGAUCUGGCCACGCUGAUGGCUCCUGCUGCCAGGAAGGAGAAGGCCUGCAGGACUGUGGGUUUUCUGUCUGUCAUAUACCACCUGCCAUAUAGUCAGAUGCGAUGCUGAAGAAUUAAACAGUAAUUUUCCAGUA